UCACUUGUGAUAUUUUUUUGUACUUGACAGAUUCGGACUUUCUCACUUACAAAAAAACAAAACAGGAAUUUCAACUCUAGUUGGUGGAUAGGUUAUGUGGGUGUUACCCGAUGCUCUUUUUAGACCGUUGGCAUGAUCUUCGUCGAUAAUAGAACAACAACGCUAAAACACAAUCUUCAGAAUCAAACUAGGAUUUGUCUCAGCUAGUUCUGAAUUCAAGAAGACUAAACAUGAAGUUGGUGGUUCCUGGCCUUCUUCUGCUUGUCUUUAUCACUAUAAGGGCAGCUCCUCUGGGUUCUGAAAAUCCCGACAAAAUCUACCUGGACGAUUAUUCGGUUCCAGUCGGGUACAGAGCAAAUAAUCGAGAUUUGCCAGUGAUUUCAGGUACCUUAACGGAUACAACUCAGGCAAUUGCUGGCUGGCAGUUGUCAAAGUUGCGUAAAAAAUGGAUUUAUGUUAUUUGCCUUUUCACUCCUAAAUCCUCCAAGCCAGACAAAAAGCCAAACAAAAAAUCGAAAUGUUCCUUCGUAGAUUUGCCAUUCCCGAAGAAUUUCUUUACCGCCUUCCGUCAUGAUCCGCACCAAUUCGAUAUGUGGAAGAAUUGGGCAGCAGAGUACCCAUCAGAAAUAUUUGUUCCUGAACCUUUCUCUCGAAAAGACGCUGAAUCUCUUGCUUAUCCAGGUGUUCCAGACGAAAGAGUUUUUAUUUCUGAAAUAAAUACUCCAGCAGUUUAUAAUACAGAUGUCACUGAAGCAAAGUCCACGAGUAUCCUAACAUCAGCCGCCAAUUUUCAAAUGGCGCAAUGGAUUUGGAGAUGGAACAUCAUUCUUUGCCUUGUUAAUCCUUCGUGUCCCCAUGUCAAUAUUCCGUCGACCACCGGGAAAACUCUCGGCGGUUAUCCUUCGUUGCUAUUUGAUGCAAGGCAAAUGUUAGUGAAACCUUUGAAUCAGUAUGAAUUACCCGAAUGAUAUUUCCAGUAUCUUUUCCUCCACAACCCCACUAUCGUUAUUAAGCCCUUGUAGUAGUGUUACUCAGGUGUUCAGGGGCCAUGUAAAAUUUAAAAUAUGCUGCACAAGACAUAUUAAAUUUUACAAAUCCUUUUUUUUAAAUGUUUGUAUCUUCUAAUACAGCGCUUUGUAACA